GUAUUACAGAUAAACAGACAUAUCUUCUUGCUAAGGCUGUGGAACAGCUUUACACUAUUCGGAAUCCACAAUUAGUUCUCCCUCUCUCCAUGCGGGAGAACAUUGUCAUGUACUCGUUCACAAGCAGUAAACUUGGGGCUAACCUAAUGAACCAUGUUUCUCCUGCAGGUUCAUAUAGAACACUUAUCAGGUGCUUGGACUCAUCAGCUGAGGACCCCAUAGCUAUUCCAGCGGGUACCAGCAGGUGUGUGUUUGACAACAAUCAAAUCAUUGGAAAGACAUACACAAUUAAAGGAGACAACAAAGUGCCCACCAGUGUGAUGUGUAGUGCUGCAUAUAUCAGCCUCAACGAAGGAUAUGAACAAAAGAAUGGAGAACUGAAACCAUAAAGUGGAUGUGGAAUUCACCCCCAGAAAAAGAAGGAAGCGAUCUUCUUGUAUUUUCAUCAGAUUACGAUGAUUUCUUUCGAGAUACAAGAGAUAAGUUACUGAAACAACAGAUCCAAAAAGUGUAUGAUGAACACAAUGAACAAAGUGAAGAUCACAUAGACAAAUACAUGUAUGUGCAGGAAAUAAAAGAUGCUCAAACUGAAAAAAUAUGUAUCGAGUGUGGAGGAGCAAACGAUGUCACUUACAGGAUUUGUCGAGCUUGUAAAGGUAGUUUGGUAAAGCCUCCUGAGCCGGAACUCCAUCUGGCAGGAAACGUAGACCCAUUUCAUGCUUUCGAAGAUGUGACUUUUACUGAGAAUGGGGCCACUGUGACUCCAGGCGAGCCGGAGUUCGUAAACCCAAAUAGCUUCGACACUAUAGUCACCGUGCUCAGAGGGCUAGGGAGAAGGGGCGGCAUCAGGCAGUAUGGAGGAGAAGAGCGGAAAAGGAUGUUUGUAGAAUGCGAUGGAUUGCCGUACACGAUUAUGAGGAGCCUCAUCGACAAUGUGUGGUUCUGCAGAAGAUGCAAAGAAUGUCACUAUGGCCAAGAAAAUCUUGAGGAGCACCCGUGCAAUUUGAUCGGAAAGGGAGAUGCGUACAGGGAGUUUUUCUGGGUUGUCCCAGUCAUGGGAUUGCUACACCUGGAAAUGAAUGUUUCCAGAUCCUUCGUCAAGCUGCAUUGUCAAUUGGGAGACAUUUAUGUCAACCAUCACUUACAAUAUGGGAUUUAAAUCUGACAAAGCGCAAAAGUACUGCCAAAAAGGGUCAGAUCAUCACAAGACAUUCACCCUCCUUGAGAUUUGCUACCUUGCAUUUAGCAAAGAAUUGGUCACCCCAUAUGUUAAAUGCUGUAUCCGCAACAAUGUGCGACCAACAGUAGGAUACUGGCAAUGGCAGGAGGAUUCAAGCUGCCCUAACUACAUCUACAUUCAACAGAUGACUCUCACUUAUCUGCAUGCUCUCAUGCUGUUCCGAACAGGUGUUCGGAGAAACAACACCGAGAGCAUUCUGGCAAGCAGAGUGAAAUUUACUCCAAUGAUGUAUGGCCAAAACCACCCAAAGUACCAGGAGAUACUUUUUCGAGAUAUGCUUGAUCAGGUACUCAUGCCUCCUGAACUGAAGGAGUUAAUGGCUUCAUUCUGUUCGGUCAGCCGAACUGGGAAAGCUUGUGCUUAUCAAGGAGAAGAUGCUUGCCUUGAAGAGAUCAACAAGGAUGCGAAGUCUUGGAUGAAGUUGACUGGUGUACCCAAUGAUGAAAGGUGGAAACGUGUCUUCAGAAACUUAGAAAAACUGAAAAAGGUGAGAGGAGCAACACUUUCUGAUGUCAUGAUGAGUGACACUGGAGCAAGUCAAGCUACAGAGACCAAGGUUUCCAGCAGAGAAGUUGAAAGGACAAGGGCAUUGAUCCGUAAAGCAAAUUAUCUGAUGACUCCGAAAUCUGAAAAAGUGCACACAAGUAUGGAUGGGAAGACCAAACUAAACCCUGACCUAGUCAACUUUUCCACGACGGCAAAGGAAAUCACAAAGAACUAUGUAGAAAGUGCAAAAGCGGGCCAUCCCCCCAAGCCAACUGUCAUUCCUGUCACACUUAGCGAUUUAGAACGAACCAAUGCUGUAGAAAGCAUGAACAUCAGUGAAAUCAGAAAGAAAAUACUGGAGAUACUAGAGGGCCUGCCAAUGGAUGUGGCUAAGCGAUAUCAGUCAAGCUACAUGAAAUCUACCAAGACUGCUUCCAAAAAACAGUAUUUGAACUUAUAUUACUCUUUAGUUGAGGAACUAGAGCAACAAGUCAGUGAAGAAGAAGAAGAAGAUGAUUAGGUAAUCAUAAUAGGCCUUAUUCUAACACUUAAUGAGCAGGAAAAAUCAACUGACACUGUUGAUGAUCGUCUUUCUCCUUUUAGAAAAGCUUUGGGUUCUUUGUCGUUUUGUCUGGAAGCAUCGACCUUCUAACACCUUUCCAACUGUUAAAGACAAGAGUUAGAAUGCAUUAUUGGUUAUUACAAUGAAAUUAUUGAGUUCUUAACAUUUUGUAUUAAGAAAUUUACAUGUAUAUGUGUAUAUAUAUAUAUAUAUAUAUAAACUGAUUUAUGUGCAUGUGCUUGCAU